AAUAAUUGUAGGAAAAUAGAGCGGAGAAAACACUAAUUUAGGGGAACAUAGAUUAGAUUGUUGGCUGCAGUUGUUUUAUUGGACCAUAGUUGCUUGGAGUCUAAACACUAAACAAAACAAAGACUAGCCAACAGCAAUAGUUUCCAUGUAUCUAACUGCCUCAUAUUUGGCGUAUAAUUCAAGUUCAAAAAUUCAAAGCUCCACCAACAUUACAGAACCGUCCUUUUCUUUUCUUUUUUCCUUUUUCUUUUUUCUUUUUCUCUUUGUUUCAUAUUCAUAUUUUCAAUUCCUCUUUGUUUUCCACGAAUCUUUCCCCUUAGACUUCGUCUUCUUUCCUUUAUUCUUCAUUGCACUAGCCAACUUUUUCUCAUUUUCUUUCUUUCUUCUGUCAAAACCUACCAAGCUGACCAAGGUUCCAUAAGUAAGACAAAAAACCCAUCAUGAAUCCAGAAAGUUCAGUUACAUGACAAAGUGGUUCAGAAAAAAAUGAAGAAAUGGUUGGGAAGUUUAUUACUGGGGUCUUUCCUUGUGAUGCUGAUAUUGAGAUAUACUGUGAUGAUCAAAAACCCUUUUGGGAAGAAUUCCCUUCAACUUAGUAUAACCGAUAACGCGACUGAGCCGCCUCUUAAAUGGAUUCAACCUAUUGUUUCUGAAGGGGUUCAAAAUCCAGAAGCUGUUAAUCAUGUAGUUUUCGCAGACAGGUUGGUCUCAGGACUCUUUCUUGAGAGGAAUUUCUCUCAUGAAGUUCAAAGUUCUUUAUUGACAUGGAAUCAGAUGAAGCAUCUAGUGAACUAUACUAAAGGCUUGCCUAAUGCGUUAGAGGCGGUUAGAGAUGCUAGGGUUGCAUGGGAAAAUCUUUUGGAUACUGUGGUGAAGAAGCAACAAAGUGACGCUAAUGAAAGUACAGUUGAUCAGAAUGUAAAGGAGAAACAAUGUCCCUAUUUCUUAAACAAAAUGAAUGCUGCAGAUUUUGGAGAUAAAAGCUAUAAACUGAGAAUUCCAUGUGGACUUAUUCAAGGUUCUGCAAUUACUAUAAUUGGCAUUCCAGAUGGUCUUUUGGGAAGCUUCAGAAUUGAUUUAACCGGGGAACCAGUUCCAGGGGAGCCAGAUCCUCCAAUCGUUUUACAUUACAAUGUUCGCCUCCAAGGUGAUAAGGAUACUGAGGAUCCUGUAAUUGUCCAAAACACAUGGACUGCUGCUAAUGAUUGGGGUGAAGAAGAGCGCUGCCCCUCUGCAGUUGUAGGAAAUAAGAGAGUGGAUGAUUUGAAGCAAUGCAGUGAUAAGGUGGGUAAAGUUGAUAGCCGGAGAUUUGCAACCAAUGAAUCCUCAGUCAUUUCUCUAUGGUCAUCCAUGACAGAAAACAAAACUAGAAGCAGACAAUACUUUCCAUUUAAGCUAGGGUAUUUGUCUGUUAUGACACUUCGGGUGGGUGAAGAAGGAUUUCAGAUGACUGUUGAUGGAAAGCAUAUAACAUCAUUUGCUUACCGUGAAGGUCUAGAGCCAUGGCUUGUGACUGAAGUAAGGAUAUCUGGAGAUAUAAAGUUAACAUCUGUCCUGGCCAGUGGUUUACCUACAUCUGAGGACAUAGAGCACAUUAAUGAUUUGGAUGCCCUGAGAGUGGUUCCUCUCCAACUAGACCAGUCAUUAGACCUCUUUAUUGGUGUAUUUUCUACAGCAAACAACUUCAAGCGUAGGAUGGCUGUUCGCAGAACAUGGAUGCAGUACCCAGCAGUGAAGUCAGGAGCUGUUGCAGUGCGCUUUUUCGUUGGUCUACAUAAGAACCAGGUAGUGAAUGAGGAACUCUGGAGUGAGAUAAAGACAUAUGGAGACAUUCAACUGAUGCCUUUUGUUGACUAUUAUGGUCUUAUUACUUGGAAGACUGUAGCAAUCUGCAUUUUUGGGACAGAUGCUGUUUCAGCCAAGUAUGUUAUGAAGACAGAUGAUGAUGCCUUUGUUCGUGUCGAUGAAGUGUUAGCUUCUAUAAGUAAAGAAAAUGUGAGCCAUGGGUUGUUAUAUGGUCUUAUAAACUAUGAUGCUCAGCCUCAUCGGAAUGCUGACAGUAAAUGGUAUAUCAGACCUGAGGAAUAUCCUGGAAGAACUUACCCUCCUUGGGCACAUGGCCCUGGUUAUGUGGUGUCCAAUGACAUAGCUAAAGCAGUAAAUACAAAGCACAAGGAAGGCCAUUUACGGAUGUUUAAGCUGGAGGAUGUAGCAAUGGGGAUCUGGAUAGCAGAUAUGAAAAGGGAAGGUUUGAAGGUGUAUUACAUAAAUGAAAAGCGAGUCUACAAUGAAGGAUGCAAGGAUGGAUAUGUUGUUGCACACUACCAAAGCCCCAGAGAGUUGCUUUGCCUAUGGCAGAAGUUGCAAGAAGAAAGUGUCGCUAAAUGCUGCGGAUGAUAAACUAACCUAAUAGCUAUUAGAUUAGUAAUUCACAAGUAAAAGAUUUUUGUUUGACUACAGUUUUUCUACUAGAUCUUUAGAUUAAACAUUGAUAUAAAAAUCCUUCAGACCUUGUAGAAAAGAAGGUUACAGAUUCAAUCCCUGAGUCAAAACUGUAUCUUCUUUAAAAAGGACUCUAGUUUUACAUUUUUUUGAUCCAUCCAGGGUGCUCUUUGGAGGGAGACAGACUGAGAUGAAGGAAGGAGAGAUUGUACAGCACCAUUUAGAGAUAACAAAAAUUUUCUGAAUGAUAGUAUAUAUAUUUAUGUCUGUUAAUAUUCUUUCUUCAACUAUGUUGCUUGAAUCCAGAAGUUGUUUUCAAAGACAUUGUUGAUCUUUCAUUGUCUGCCAUUAUAACAUUCCUGUUGCUUGACUUGCAUCAAUGAACCUUCUCUAUGCAAGCUUUUAAUAUCUUGUGUCCCAAAAAUUUCUAGCAAGUUUACUCUAGCCAAGGCAAUGCCGAUAAAGCCAUCACUGCUGUCAUUCCAUCAGUGUGCCAAGCCUUCGGAAGUAAGUGGCCAUUUUAUGAUGCCUGAAACUGCGAUGCAAUUUUAGGGAAGGUUCUAAAAAAUUGGUGAUGUAAAUUUAUUUGUUACCACGUAAUAAAUUCACGUUAUCAUAAACUUCAUUAACAAUUAAUCAAAAUGUCACAUCAAUAAAG